AUGAUUACCAUCACUCUGACGAAGCUGUCAUUGUUGCUAUUCUUCCUCCGAAUUUUCCCUGAUAAACGACUUCGUCAGGCAACAUGGAUUAGUGGACUUUUCGUUUUCUUGUCCAACUUCUCCAUCUUGAUGGCACUGGCGUUCCAAUGUGUUCCACUUCGAGCGUACUGGACCAACUGGAUGUAUAAAGUGGCUCCUGUUCAGUGCAUCAAUGGCUUUGCAACAUUAGAGGCUGCAGCAGUCUUCAGCAUUAUUCAGAGUGUCAUGAUUCUGCUCAUUCCGGUUCCGACCGUUUGGAACCUCAAACUUGCUUGGAAGAAGAAGGCGAAUCUGAUGAUUAUGUUCUCGGUUGGAUCCAUUGCACUUGUUUGCAGCUUCAUGCGCCUGCCAUCGCUGUUGAACCUAGAUCGCUCGAACGAUUUGUCAUAUGAUCAAGCUCCAGUUGUUGUCUACUCGCACUUAGAGAUGAGCGUCGGGAUAAUUUGCGCGUGCCUACCAGCUUGCCGCUCCUUGCUUGAAUACUUCUUUCCCUCCCUGAAGAUGACCUUCGGAGAGACAAAUGUAACAGGUACGCUAGCAGUGACAAAUCGAACGCCAUUUUCGCUUCCAAGGAGUCGAGUGGAGAAGAAUAGUUCGACGAGGAGCUUGGUUGAAUUAAGCGAGCGCCAAGGUGGAAACGAGAAUGGGAGUGAGAGAUUGAGCACGAGGACACUAUCUUUUCACGAUGACUUUGGUGUAAAAUCUCAUGACAGUGAGGACUUGGGAAUUCACACGACUGUAGACACUGGGCCAAAUGUUGGACUUGCAGUUGGAACGGAUAGUCAUAGGGUCUACAUGACAAAGUCAGUGGAAAUAGUCAGCGACAGAUACGAAUAA